AUGGAAGUAGAUUCGGAUACGACUCAGUACAUCCCCACUGUAACUCAGGUUGGGCACGUUCUUUGCGCUGAUUGCGGCACGGCGAUUGAACCUAACAGCGCAGGAAGAUGUGUUAGCUGUUUGAGAAAUACGAUCGACAUCACCGCAGAAAUUCCUAAGCAGAAUACUCUGAGUUUCUGCAGAAAUUGCUCCCGAUAUCUUUCUCCGCCUUCGGCGUGGUUAUUGGCCGAGCUCGAAAGCAAGGAACUCUUGGCGAUCUGUUUGAGGAGGCUCAAGGGCUUGAGUAAAGUCAGACUGGUCGACGCUGGUUUUAUUUGGACUGAACCUCACAGCAAAAGACUCCGGGUAAAACUUACUGUUCAACAGGAAGUUUUGACUUCGACCGUCUUGCAGCAAAUUUUCGAGGUUGAAUAUGUGGUUCAGCACACUCAAUGUCCCGCUUGCUGUAGAUUGGCCGCGAAGAAUAUGUGGCGAGCGUUGGUUCAAAUACGGCAAAAAGUCAAUCACAAACGCACUUUCUUGUACCUCGAACAAAUCAUCCUCAAGCACAACGCCGAUAAGGAUACAGUUGCAAUCAAAGAGUCAAAGGACGGCCUCGAUUUCUUCUAUGCCACUCGGCAGCAUGCCGUCAAAAUGGUCGAAUUCUUGAGUGCCAUUGCGCCCGUGCGAUCGAAGUCGAGUGAACAGCUCAUCUCAGCUGAUGAGAAGAACUCGACAGCCAACUAUAAAUUCACCUACUCGGUCGAGCUGGCACCGAUCUGCAAGGACGACAUCGUCUGUUUACCGCCCAAGUUGGCCCGAUCUCAGGGAAAUAUCUCUCAACUGCUAGCUUGUACUCGUGUUGGCACUUCGAUCCAUCUCGUCGAUCCAAUAACGUUACAAUAUGUUGAUAUGUCUGGGGUGCUCUAUUGGAAGAACCCAUUCCCGUCUUUGGCAUCACUGGGUCAAUCGAUCGAGUUCGUCGUCCUCGACAUUGAACCUACAUGCCAUCCACCAGUGACCUGCGGUCGCUUCAUUCUCGCCGAUGCUCAGGUAUCGCCGGUCUCUUCAUCGAUGAACGAUGACGUGAUCUUUCAUACUCGUACUCACAUGGGCGGCAUCUUGAAGCCUGGCGAUACAGUCCGCGGCUACCACCUUGCCAAUUCAAAUUUCAACGAUCCCAGCUAUGACGCUCUCAAUUCGAGUCGCAUUCCGGAAAUCAUCCUUGUCCGAAAGACCUACCCUAACCGCAGAAAGAAGAACAAACCUCGUCACUGGAAAUUGAAAUCAAUCGCCAUCGAGGCCAACACUACCGCAGAAGAGCACGUCGGCUUGGGCCGAGGUAAGAUUGACGCGGCUAGCAAGAAGAGUGGUAAAGGAACAGCAGAGCAAGCUAAGGUCGAAGCGGAAUACGAAAUGUUCUUGCGAGAUUUGGAGGAAGAUCCCGAACUUCGUCAAAAUGUACAACUAUACAAAGCCCAGCCAACUAGCAAGAAACUUCCAGCAGACGCGAUGGAACUCGAGGAUGGCGAUAAUGAAUCGGUUACUGAAACCGAAAUGGAUGACGACGAUUUCCCGAAGAUCCAAUUGGACGAGUUACUUGAUGAAAUGGAUGGAUUGAAUCUUAACGAAAACGCAUCAGAAACUAUAGUUGAGAAUGAUGAUGAGAAUCCCGCGAAGAACUCCACAGAGGCUACGAGUUGUCGGGGAAAACGAACGAGAAAAAGGGCAGUAAUGGUAUCGAAGAACCUAUCGGAGAUCGAUGCGAUUUUUGCCUCGAGAGGGCCGACCAACAGCACGAGCUCGAAGAAGGCGAACGCACGAAGGCCAGAUAGUCCAGGGCCGUCGGAAGGAGAGCGGAGGAGGGCGAGUGGGAGACGAGGGAAUGGAGCGUCGGACGUGAAGACUCACGGAUCUGGGGACGAACGAAGGCCAAAGAAAAAUCCCAGCCCGCAUGGCCGGCCGGGCGCUAAACGGAAAGCCGAGGAAGACCCCCCGUCUCACGUCGAGGUCCUCAUCGACCCUUCUCAAUCUUUGCUUGAACUCACACCCAACCUCACCCAUAGCAGCAAGAAGCAGAGGAAUACUAAAGGGCUUCCGUCUCAAAUUGAUCUAGACGAUGAACAGGAACGGGCCUUCCGCGACUCCAGAGGCACCAGAGCGAAGACUGAGGACGGAUUGUUAAUCUAUUCUGUCGAGGAGCUAAAGAUUGGAUUAGGCCAAGACACACCGGACUGCCCGUUUGAUUGCCAAUGUUGUAAGAUUCCCUCGUUCCAUUUGACUGUCGUACUUUUUUUUUACUAUUCAUAUCUUUACUCUCAAUUUCAAUCAACCUUUUCUGUCCCACGCAGGUUUUUAAUUUAA